UUUCAAACAAUUGAAGUUUCAAUUGUUGAGAGUUGUGUUUGUCGAGUGGUUAUCUCGCGAUACAAUUGAAUGAUAUUUGAAUUAAUUAAAUAUUCAAUUUUCAUCGAUUUAUGAGUUUUAUUUGAAGAGUUGUCAAACAGUUUCUGAUAAUAUCAUAGCAAUUGGUAUACAUUAGUUGUGCUAUAAAUUCAUAUCACUUGUCAAAGAUUUGCCAAUUGAAUGAUGGAUUCGCUAAAGAAUAUUCAGAAUAAAGACAAUUUGGCUCUUGUUCUUCACCAAAAGGAUGUCCUCAAACUAGAGCAGUGGCCUCUUCCUCAACAAUUGGCUCCAAAUGAAUGUUUACUUCAGGCCCAUAGUUGUGGAAUUUGUGGCACUGAUGUCACUCUAUGGAAGAAGGGAUUUGUGGCUGAUUUUGUGGUCAAAAAGCCGUUUGUUUUAGGACACGAGCCGUCAGCUGUGGUGAUAGGAGUGGGAAGUGAAGUGACAAAUCUGAAAGUGGGCGACAGAGUGGCUGUGGAACCGGCGCUUCCAUGUCUUAAGUGUCAAUUUUGUCGCAGCGGUCGAUACAAUCUGUGUCCCGUCUCUAACCUACACUCCCAUGGAUUACCGCCCGCUGAUGGAUGUCUUCGACGAUACUAUACUCACAGAUCAGACUUUUGUUAUAAACUGCCAGAGAACGUGUCGUGCGAAGAGGGAGCUCUUGUAGAAGCGCUGGCAGUUGUGGUUCACGCGUGUCGUCGAGUGCGUGUAGGGAUCGGCCAAAAUGUGUUGGUAUGCGGCGCCGGACCCGUCGGUAUAAUGUGUUUUCUGGUGGCAAAAGCAUUCGGCGCUUCAAAGGUCUACUUAACUGACAUCAAUGAAAGUCGUCUAAAAAUGGCCAAACAGUUGGGCGCCGACGGAGUCUUUGUAAUCAAUCCCAAGACGUUUAAUGACAAAGAAAUGGCGAAAACCAUUCGCAGUGCAAUCGGUGCCAACUCUUUGGGAGUCGACAUCGCGAUAGAGUGCACAGGUGUCGAGUCUUCAGUUUGUUUGGCAAUACAUGUGACCAAAAGUGGCGGAAAGGUUGGUAUUGUGGGUUUGGGCGCCGAUUGCAAAAUACCAUUGAGUAGCGCAGCCAUGAGAGAAGUGGAUCUGAUUGGUGUUUGUCGUAUCAAAGACGAUUAUGAAUUGGCCAUACAAUUGAUAACAAGUGGGAAACUGAAUGUCAAGCCAUUGAUCACUCAUACCUUCAAUAUCAAAGACUCCGUCAAAGCCUUUGAUCUGUUGAAAAGCGGUACCGAAGGAGUGGUCAAAGUUUUGAUUCAACACUAGAUUUCAAGUAACAGUUAUUAUUCCUAUCCAUAAACAGUAUUUCCUAU